AUGGCUGUCUCCAACUUCCCUUUCACAGUUCCAGAGGCGUCGAACGAGCGACUCAAGCUUGUUCCCUUCGACCCAAACAAGCAUUGUGAUACCUUCUUCCGCCUGUCCUCACCUCACCCGGAGAUAUAUGCACACAUGCCCAUGAUCCCACCUAGCUCCGCAGCCGAGCUCAAAUCAUGGUUCCACAACGAGUCAUCAACUCACAUCUUAUCCUUCGCCAACCCACAAUCAUUUGCGUUCGCAAUCAUAGACAAGACCCGCCCGCCAUCUCCCGAAGACCCCGAGGGAGAACUAGCCGGAACCGUGAGCUUCAUUCGCACGUCCCCGGUGGAUUUUUGCACCGAAAUUGGAUUCAUUGUCAUCUUGCCACCUUACCAACGGAGCCAUGUGGCAUCGAACACCGUAGGACUCGCACUCCAGAUUGCAUUCAAUUCGCCCGAUCAAGGCGGCAUUGGCCUGCGGAGGGUUCACUGGUCCGCUAGCACGACGAACCUUGCCAGUGCUCGACUUGCGGAGAGAAUGGGGUUCGAAAAAGUUGGAAUGAUUACUUGGCACAUGCGGUUUUUGAAAGGGAAGUUAAAUGGGAAAAUUGGGAACGGUAGGAGAGUGCCUCCUGGAAGUGACCCGGAAGAUUUGUGGAGGGAUACCCUCAGCUUUAGCCUGGCGUGGGAUCAGUGGGAAAGCAGUGCAAGGGAUAUCACAGAAAAAGCGAUGGCGCGAUAA